GGAGGAGGAGGUGGUGGUGGAGGAAAAAGAAGAGACCAUAGACUUCUACCUUGGCCUAGAGCGGCCCUUAAAGUGCGUGGGAGAGGAGGGCGGGCGGGGACCACCCCAGAACUGGCCGCCGGCGGUAUCAUGGCGUCCCGGAACCCCCCUCCCCAAGAAUACGAAAGUGAUGACGACUCUUACGAAGUGUUGGAUUUAACUGAGUAUGCAAGAAGACACCACUGGUGGAAUCGAGUGUUUGGCCACAGUUCGGGACCUAUGGUAGAAAAAUACUCAGUAGCUACCCAGAUUGUAAUGGGUGGCGUGACUGGCUGGUGUGCAGGAUUUUUGUUCCAGAAGGUUGGAAAACUUGCAGCUACUGCAGUGGGAGGAGGCUUUCUUCUCCUUCAGAUUGCCAGUCACAGUGGCUAUGUGCAGGUCGACUGGAAGAGAGUUGAAAAAGAUGUAAACAAAGCAAAAAGACAGAUUAAGAAACGAGCAAACAAAGCAGCACCUGAAAUCAACAAUAUAAUUGAAGAAGCAACAGAAUUUAUCAAACAGAACAUAGUGAUAUCCAGUGGAUUUGUGGGAGGCUUUUUGCUAGGCCUUGCAUCUUAAGGACAUGAAUCUUCUACUCUAGUAGUGGAUCCAACUGUGAGAAGGGAAGUGGUGGCAACAGGGUGAUCACUCAACAGCACAUGCCACCAGAGUCUCCAGAACAAGGAGAAACAACUAGCUGGACAAUACCAGAUUCACAACUUAGCAUUUUGCCACCUGAAGCUUGGCAAACUAGUAUCUGCUGUAAAACAACCUAUAUGGUAUGUGAAUAAUAGUAUUCUGGAGCAAACCAUGGCUUUCGUCAUUUUUUAAACAUUUGCAUCUAUUUAGAAACUAGUGUGUAAGAUAUCACCAUUGGAGAGAGAAAAAAUUGGUUGGAUAUAUUGCCCAAUAAAAUAUCCUCCUCUUAUUUAAAUAAGGUGUUCUUCAUUGUGCUUUAUAGUAUAGUGCCAAUAAUUAAAAACUAGCUUCGAUACUAGGGCUGACUUUUUUUUAAAGCUAUGUUUGCAAUAAACUGAAGAAUCGUGGUGCCCUUUUGUGAAAGACUUUAGAAAUAAUAGCAUUAUUAAAGUCAUUAAAUAGAUUCUACUGAUGUAA